AUAUAACAAGCCUGCCUCCAUGCUUCGGUCUCCCCGUCCAUGUUAAGUGCUUUCUUUUUUUUAUGAGGGAGUUUGCAGCAUGUUCUGAGCUGAGGUCCAGAGGAAGGGUCUCUGCUUUCAUUCAGUGGAUGCUCAGUGACCCUUGAACAGUCUGGAUUUAACUGUUGACCGGCUGGCUAACAGGUGGCGCCUCUGGGAAACAGGGGGAGCUGAGACACUUGGAGGACUGUUGUAGGAACCAGCAGCAUGUUGAGGAUCCAGACGUGGUUGCUUGUCUUGGCUCUCUGUGCUGGGAGCUCAUGGGCCUGGUUUUGGCUGCCAGAUCCAGAGCCCACCACAGAAAUCCCAACGGAGGUGGCGACAGCGACAGCGAAGGCAGGAACGACAGGUGCGGCCACAACACCCAGUGGCACAGAGAAGAAGAAGGAUGAGGGGGAGGAGGAUGACAACUUGUCUGGGGUUGGGGAAGAGAUCAUCAACGUUGCCACGGGAAUCCGUAAGUUUGUGGAGACGUGGUACGGGACCCCGACCACCACGACUGCUAACGGAGGCCUGACGGCAAAGAUGGAGAGCGCGAGCCCUAACAUGACGGAGGAGAGCGGCGUCUCCUUGCUGCAGCUGAUAGGAGACCUUCAACCGGGUGAGAUCACAAGGGUCUACGGGCCAAGAGGGGAGGCCGCCUAUGCCUUCACCUCGGCGACGGCGUCGGGCCAGCCGGCCCUGGCCCACAUUCCCAACCCAUUCUACCGCCACUUCUCCCUCCUCUUCCACAUCAAGCCAACCACACCCGCCGCCUCCGUCCUCUUUUCCAUCACAGACGGGCCCCAGAGGCUCAUGUACGUGGCUGUCAAGCUCAGCGCGGUGCAGUCUGGCCGCCAGAGGGUGCAGUUCUUCUACACCGAGCCCGACUCUGAGGCCUCGUACGAGGCUGCCAGCUUUGACGUCCCGAGCAUGGUGGACACCUGGAGUCGCUUUUCGCUGUCCGUCUUCGAGGACCGGGUGACUUUCUACCACGGCUGCGACUCUGAGCAGCAGGUGGUGAAGUUUGAGCGUUCCCCAGACCCCAUGGAGCUUGACACGGGGGCGGGGAUAUUCGUUGGCCACGGUGGAGGAGCUGACGCUGACAAGUUCCAGGGGGAGAUCGCUGAGCUAAAAGUGGUGGGAAACCCUCGGGCAGCUGAACAUUUGUGCGAUGACGAGGACGACUCCGAUGCUGCCUCUGGGGACUUCGGCAGCGGCGAUGGCGAGAGCAGACAAACGGGACACACUGUGAAGACCACCCCUGCACCCUUACGUCCAGUACCUGAGCCGCCGCUGAUAUCCUCAAAAGGAACCAGACUGAAGGAGACAGGUCCCGGUGGUGGGAAAGGUGAGAAAGGUGACAGAGGGGAGAUGGGCUUCAAGGGGGACAGAGGCCCCGCGGGGCCGAAGGGAGAUUCGGGGUCCAGCUCUGGCUCUGGCGUCUCCUCUCAGGGCGGAGAACGAGGACUGAAGGGGGAUAAAGGUGCAAAGGGAAGUUCUGGCUUUGGAUACCCUGGGAAUAAAGGAGAACGUGGGGCUAAGGGGCCCGCCGGGCCCCCUGGUCCUCCUGGCCCUGCAGCUGAGGUGGUCCGACUCGGGGACGGCUCUGUUGUGCAGCAGGUGGCUGGACCCAUCGGACCUCCGGGACAGCCAGGGUUGAAUGGUGCCGCAGGACCUUCGGGAGCUGAUGGGGAGCCUGGCGAUCCAGGAGAGGAUGGAAAAGCUGGUCCUGCUGGGCCACAAGGUGUCCCAGGAAGUCCAGGAACACCUGGUUCUAACGGCCAAAAGGGUGAGCGUGGAGAAGGCCAACCAGGACCCAGAGGACCCCCAGGUCUACCAGGACCUCCUGGACCCGGCACUGGUGAUCGCCCAACAUUUGUUGACAUGGAGGGCUCAGGAUUCCCGGACUUGGACAAAAUCCAGGGUCUCCCUGGUCCCCCUGGUCCUCCUGGCCCUCCCGGGAUCCCUGGUACUUCAGUGGCAAUGGGCUCAAAUGGUCCCAUAGCCUUCGGACCUCCUGGGCCCCCUGGACAAGAUGGAGUCCCUGGUCUGCCUGGCCGUCCUGGUCCUCCUGGUGCACCUGGUAUUACCGGCCUGAGAGGACAAAAGGGUGACUGUGCUGAGCUCGGUCUUCCAGGAGCAGUUGGCGAAAAGCAACACACGCAAGACUCCAACCCUUUCACCACCCUGUUCUCUUACUUUGCUCCAUCCUCUACGGGUUCUCAGGGCGACCCAGGACAUACGGGUCAACCAGGGCAGACAGGGCUUGCAGGGCUCCCAGGCCCCAUGGGACCAGUUGGACCUCCAGGUCCGCCCGGACCCCCGGGGCAACCUUACGGCGUUAGCCAUAGUGACCAGGAUGGCUAUGUGCUGACCAAUGCCCUGCCUGGACUCACAGGCCCACCUGGACCACAGGGUCCACCUGGUAUUGCAGGUUUACCUGGUAAGCCAGGUUUCCCAGGCAACCAUGGAGACAAAG